UAUUCAUCAGGAUGACGGUCCGCUUUAGUCUCUCCUCUAAUAAAAUCAGACAGCUGUUCAGCUAACAGGUUGAUUUUCCUUUUUAUUUUCCGUCAGAUUUCGUGUUUAGGGUUUGAAUUUUCUCCUAUUGUUGGAAAUAAUUUGGAUAUCGGUUAAUGACAAUUGAAACAUACAGCCCAUCAUGUUGGAAUGAUUGAGUUUCCGUAAUAAUCACGGUCAUAAGCUGUCACCGCGGUGUGUUGUGGUUCUCAGCUGGUGAUCUGCUCUUGGUUCUUCGCUGUAUCGUUCAUCGUUAUCGGCUGGGAUUUCUCACUUGGGCCGACAUGAAUACGCUGACGUAUUUCAGUGUGAAACAUGCUGCCCCAGGACGGUCUCGUGGGGUUUAUUUAAACGAUGACCAUGCCAUCUUCCACAGUGAUUAUUACUGCGCUUUCUACCCGCACAAAGAUCUGGGCAGGGCCGAGGAGGAAGUGUACCGUGUGUACGACGGUCAAGCCACGCAGUUCUGGUUCGACGCGGAGACCGGGAAGUGUGGCGGGAUACGCGCGGUCGUGCAUGCGGCCGGAUGGACGAUCCUGAAUGAUUACGGGGAGCUGAAGGCCGGCGGGGGAUUGUACUGGGGCGCCCGCAACUCCCUCAGCACGCUCAACCGGGCUUUUUUGGUGCGCGGCCAGCAGGAUCAGAAGCGCGCGGAGAUCUGGGCAGUCACCGAGGCCAUCCGGCUGGCGUGGAAGGAACGCUUCAGCACCAUGACCAUCAUCACCGACAGUGAUUUUACCAUCAACUGCAUUUUGGAGGGGUGGUUAGAAAGAUGGAAAGCAGACCACUGGCUGGAUAUCCAUAAUCACCUGUUGCUUAUGCGGAGGAUCUCAUAGAACUGGAUAAAAUUAUGGAGCGUUUCGGUGGCGAGCGGAUUCGAAUGGAACACAUUCAUCCACAGUCUGGCAACUUAGGCCACGAGCAGGCGAAACAUCUGGCGCUGCGUGGUGCGCGUCGUAUGUUGAACGGUGAUUAUUGUCUGCCAUGGGUUCGAUAGAUCUGUUGUUUGAGGAUACAUUCCUGUGCUCCAUCUCUUAAAAGAUAUAACGCACUUUUCUGGAUAAUCUCAGAUUUGUAUGUACAUUAUUAUAUGAUUGCUUGUCCACUUGACGCUAGUUUGCUCAGUAUUUACAGAAUUAUUUGGAAGAGAUUUCUGUACUGACAAGGCAGACGACGUGAUUUUUGUACCACUCAUUGUUAAAAGUUAAAGCCAAUCAUCAAGAAAGUAAAACAAUUGUUUUUAUAGAA